AGGUAAAAUAGUAUGGCUGUUUUCUUCAAUGGAUGAAAUAAGAAAUGUGAUUCAGAAAUAUUUAAACCUCAGUGAUGAGGUUUUGUCAGAAGUUGUUAAAACCAUCCAAGAUGCUGGAGCUGAAAAUCUCAGUGAAGCCAUUGAAUUUAUUCAGGAGAAAGAUCUUGCUGGCGUUCUUAAGCCCAUACAGAUCCGAAAGCUUUUGAAACGAUGGUCUGAACAAGAUUGCCAGCCGCCUGUGAGAGUGAGCACCGCAGCAACAGUGAGCAAGGCUGAAACAGUUCUGAGGUGUCCGCAGGUACAGGAAAAUGAUCUAGCCUGGCCAUUCAUCCUGGACCUGAAGAUGGAGUCCUUAGACACUGAAAUCAUUCAUGACUUGGAUUCACAGAACCGAGUUAUUGGUAGAAAACGACGAGCAUUAGUGCGCCAUGUGUUGUCACAAAUACAUACAGUGACAAAAAGACCUCAAAAAAAAGAACUGAGAAUCAUUGCCGCACGUAUCAAUUCAAUGUAUCCCAAAGCCAUCACUGAUCACUUUGAUGAAAAUAAAGUUGGCUCAGGAUAUGACACUUUCCUCAAUCAGCUGGUGAACAGGAAUGACAACUUCUAUAGGAAGAAGCUAAGGGUUUUUGGUGAUUGUAUAUAUUCUGCUGGAUCAGCAAGGACAGCCCAAGACUUGGACUGCACUGCGAAUUGGCAGCUAAGUCUUGCAAAGCUGGAACAAGUUGCUGCAUCGUCGCUGCGAGACACACACAAAGCACAUUUACAGCUCUAAAUUUUGUUUAGUCAUGUCCCGGAACUAUAAUUGAUAUUGAU